AUGGAUCCGUACCGCGAGUCUGGGCUCAAUCCCAUCACUCAGACGUACAAGAGCGCAGACAUGGAGGCUCGCCGGGAGGUGGCGCAGCGUGCGGCCAUGGGACGGCGGCUGGCUGCACGCGGGAGCUCGGAGACGGGGGACAACCUGGAAUCGUCGCUGGUGCCAACGGCCGAGGCCGAGACUGCGAGCUUUGGGCGCGUGGUGGGCCCUGCAGUCGGUGCGGCAGGGGCAGGGCCCGGCCAGCGGACGUCUGCGCAGAUCCUGCAGGAGCAGUACGACUUUGACACGCUGACGCAGUCGUAUCGGGCACCAGAUAAGGAGGCUGCGGCGAGGGCAGAGGAGGCAGCGCGGCAUGCAGCGCAGGUUCGUGCUCACGAACAUGCCCGCCUGCAGAGUAUCGAGGAUCGAUCCGGCUACAACAUCGUCUCGCACGAGACGUCCAAGCCCAUCCCGCCCAACUCGCUUUGUUUCCUCGAUCCACCAGUGGAUGCCGAGCGGACAACCGCCAACCAUACCCAUUACGACUUUGACGUCAUCACCGGCGAGCCCAAGCCGCGCGACCACGCGUCAAUCGAGCCGUCUGUCCGCGCUGGUCGCCGCCCGCCGGCAACCACCGACGACGCCAGCCAGGCUGCACGCCCACCACCCUCGGUCUCGGCCGCAUACUCGUCGGCCCAUCCUUCUCGCCGCACCUACGACAUCCUCAACGGGCAUGUCACCGCACCUGUGCCCGGGCCUGACGCGCAGCCGCGCGCUCGCGGCAAGCGCCGCGGUGGCAGCAAAUACACCGACCACAACGACAUGCUGGUCUGGGACGGCGCCCCAGUCCGGGAUCAGCCGCCAGUCCUGGAUGGCGACAGCUACAAGUUCUUUUGAUCGCUCGUCUUCUCCGGCCGCAUGACUAGCUCGUCUGGCUAUUCGGCGAUCGUGAUCUCAGCCGACAUACGUAGUGUGCAAUCGAAGUCAAGACUGCAAGCAAGGGGACGCAUGUGUACGCUCAACUUGGCGUCGACGACCGCUCAACGAGUGGUGUUGCCCUGCCCUGACCAUGGCCCAGCCCUGCACCAACCAGCCG